AUGGCUACAGUGCGGAUCUGUGUGUGUGGCGAUGAGGGGACUGGGAAAUCCAGUCUCAUUACUUCCCUGGUGAAGGGUGUAUUCGUGACAAACAAGAUCCAGCCCAUACUUCCUCAGAUUACCAUCCCUCCUACGAUCGGAACCCCCGAAAAUGUCACAACCACCACGGUGGUCGAUACCUCCGCCCUCCCGCAGGAGCGCAGCAAUCUGGCGCGAGAGAUUCGAAAAUCAAAUGUGAUCUUGUUGGUCUAUUCGGAUCAUUACAGUUAUGAGAGAGUUGCGCUUUUCUGGCUGCCAUAUUUUCGGUCCUUGGGAGUCAAUGUGCCCGUGGUGCUGUGCGCCAAUAAGUCGGACCUUGCUGCAGGCCACAGCGAGUCCCAGGUCAUUGAGGAGGAGAUGCUGCCAUUGAUGGCGGAGUUCAAGGAGAUUGAUUCCUGCAUUCGCACGAGCGCUCGAGAGCAUCGCAAUGUCAACGAAGCCUUCUUCCUCUGCCAGAAAGCGGUCACUCACCCGAUUGCUCCGCUGUUCGACUCCAAGGAGUCUUCCCUAAAACCGGCCGCGAUCGCAGCGCUGCAGCGCAUCUUCUACCUGAGUGAUAAAGACAGAGACGGCUUUCUCUCCGACAAGGAGAUCGGAGAUUUCCAGAUGAGAUGCUUUGAAAAGCCUUUGAGUGAAGAAGACCUGAUGCACAUCAAGGAGACCAUUCAGAAGAUAAACCCACAUUCGGUGACGCCAUCUGGCAUUGACUGCCGGGGAUUCAUUCACUUGAAUAAGAUGUACGCUGAAAAAGGACGCCACGAGACUGUCUGGAUCAUUCUACGAGCGUUCCAAUACACUGACAACCUGUCGCUCCAGGAGAGUUUUCUCCAUCCACGAUUUGAGGUUCCCCCGUACGCAUCUGCCGAGUUGUCUCCCGAGGGCUACAGGUUCUUUGUCAACCUGUUUCUUCUGUCGGACAAAGACAAUGAUGGCGGGCUGAACAAUGCUGAAUUGGCGUCCCUUUUUGCACCGACCCCCGGCUUACCGGCUUCCUGGGCCGACGGCUCAUUCCCGUCCUCUACGGUGCGGAACGAAGCCGGACAUGUCACUCUGCAAGGUUGGCUUGCGCAAUGGAGUAUGACCACUUUCACUUCGCCUAAAACAACGCUGGAGUACCUCGCCUACCUAGGGUUCGAAUCAUCCGACAGAAGUAAUCCGUCUACUACGGCUGCAUUAAAAGUGACUCGUCCGCGAAAGCGGCGCAAGCGCCCUGGACGGGUGGGCCGAAACGUCGUCUUGGGCCACGUGCUUGGGGCUCCCAGCUCGGGGAAGUCCGCCCUUCUUGAUGCCUUCCUCUCGCGCGGUUUCAGCACGACAUAUCACCCCACGAUUCAACCACGAACCGCGGUCAACACGGUGGAGCUUCCUGGGGGUAAGCAAUGCUAUAUGAUAUUGGAUGAGCUUGGCGAACUGGAGCCGGCCAUUCUCGAAAACCAAUCCAAGCUUCUGGACCAGUGCGACGUGAUUGUAUACACCUACGAUUCGUCGGACCCCGAUUCAUUUGCAUACAUCCCGGCGUUGCGGUCCAAGUACCCCCAUCUAGAAGAGCUUCCCAGUGUUUUCAUCGCUCUCAAAGCGGAUUUGGACCGCACCACGCAACGAGCCGAGUACCAGCCGCACGAGUAUACUGCUAUGUUGAACAUGACCAGUCCGCCGCUCCAUGUCAGCGCCACGUGGAGCUCGAUCCAGGAGGUGUUUGUGCACAUUGCCGAAGCAGCCAUGGAGCCCAGCCUGGCAUUCCCUCGGAGCGAGGAAGACGCCGAAGGGAAAUGGAUGGCAUGGGGCAUUGCCCUGGGGGCCGUGGUCUGUGCCGGAGCCGCGGCGGUGAUGAUCUGGCGGAGAGGAGACGCUAGUGCGGCCAGCCCGCUAAACCACAUGGAGCAAUCACCAGCCCGAACUCCUCCCCGCCUUUGCACACGAGAGAAGCGCCAACCAGGCAAAUCAGGCAAACCAGGCAAAUCCCCGGAAAACCUUCUCCUCACUGGAACUAACCGGCUUGGGCGCUCCUGCCUCGCUUAUGCCGAUUGCGCAGAGGAAUACUUCUCGCCCUUCUACUCUUCACGUCCCUCCGAUCAUUUAUUCAAUCACUCUAACAGUGUACCCCCGAUCCAUCCUUCCUGGAAUCCAUCGGACACUUUCAACGCCCUCCUUCCGCCCCCUCAUUUAAAACGCCCGGGCAGUGCAGCGCCUAAAACCCCCCGAUAUUCCUCCGCGACACACCGGCGCGUCCUUCCCCCGCCUCCGCCGCGCUACACCGUUCCAGUUGCCUAUGCAGCUGGAGCGUCGAAUGGCAUGGCGGUCCCGGUUGUCGAAACCAACAAUAUAAUCAGCAACCCAGAGGGUGGAUGUCCGUUGCAGGUCGGAGAAGGCACCUAUCACCUUCAGGAUGACCUACACCUUGCGACACCCCCUCCGCAUCCCUCCGAAGCUCCGAUCAUGAACCCUAACCCCCUAGCAACGGUUCCCACCCCUCCCACUACGGGCGUCAAGUUAUCGCUGGUCAGUCUUGGCUCUCGAAAUAAGACCCCCGUUUUCUCCUUGAACGACGGCAUCACGGCGCCCGCAUUCGGAGACGGCAAUCCCGCGCUUGUGGCCCCGAUCACGAAGGAAGGCGUCAAGAGGCGCAAGCCGAAGAACAACAUCAUUAAGAGCAAUUCCUCAUUUGUCUCGCGAGUCAUUACCCACGAGGCGUCGACGAAACGGCUGAAUGACCGAAGCCCGGACGGAUUGUUUGCGUUCGCCAAUAUCAAUCGCGCGUUCCAGUGGCUGGAUUUGAGUUCGAAACAAAAGGACGAGCCGCUCUCGAAGAUCCUAUUUACCAGGGCGCACAUGUUGAGCCAUGAUGUGAACGAGUUGACGAAAAGCUCGUCCCACAUUGACGUUGUGAUGGGUUCGUCGUCAGGCGAUAUCAUCUGGUACGAGCCAAUUUCACAGAAAUACGCCCGAAUCAACAAGAACGGGGUGGUUAGCAACUCCCCGGUGACGCACAUCAAAUGGAUACCUGGGUCGGAAAAUCUGUUCAUGGCGGCGCAUGCGAAUGGACAAUUGGUUGUUUAUGAUAAGGAGAAGGAGGAUGCUUUGUUCACACCCGAGCUGAGCAGUCCGUCGGUAGAAGCUAUCAAAUCCUGCGGUCGACAGCCGCUGCAGAUCUUGAAAUCGGUCAAUUCGAGGAACCAGAAAACGAACCCGGUCGCUUUAUGGAAGAUCGCCAACCACAGGGUCUGCCAGUUCGCCUUUUCUCCCGACCAACGGCAUCUCGCUAUUGUUUUGGAGGACGGGUCCCUGCGGGUGAUGGACUAUUUGAAAGAGGAAGCUUUGGAUAUCUUCCGCAGCUAUUAUGGGGGACUGAUUUCCGUAUGCUGGUCACCUGAUGGCAAAUACAUCGUGACGGGCGGCCAGGAUGAUCUGGUGACGAUAUGGUCCUUUCCCGAACGCAAGAUUGUCGCCCGAUGCCAAGGUCACAAUUCCUGGGUCUCAGCUGUAGCAUUUGAUCCUUGGCGCUGUGACGAACGGACAUACCGAUUUGGGAGUGUCGGGGACGAUUGCAGACUGCUGUUAUGGGAUUUCAGCGUUGGCAUGCUGCAUCGACCAAGAGCGCUCCAAGCCAGCGCCCGUCAUCGAACCAGUCUUCUCCCCUCCAAUGCUCAACACGCCAAUCGUCAUCGAGCCGACAGCGCAGGCAACCGCGUACGAUCGGACUCGCAACGCACCGCAGGCAUUGACAACACCUAUGACCAGACCGUCCGUCAUCCUGUCGAACCGAGGGCACGGACUGCUCUCCUACCACCUAUCAUGUCCAAGAUCGUCGGAGAUGACCCUAUCUCCUGGUUAGGAUUCCAAGAAGAUUCCAUCAUGACCUCUUCCCUAGAAGGACACAUUCGUACCUGGGACCGGCCUCGAGAAGGCAUCAAUGACACUUACAAUGGUUACACCUCCUCGCCAGCCGUCAGUGCCAGCGCUGCCGCGUCUGGCUCCGGCUCCGGUUUCGCUGACUCAGCGAUGGGCUCGCUUUAA